AAGUCAGCAAUAAUCAGGGCUACCUUUAAGGCGGAGAUAAAAAGAGCUUAGGGUUGGUUUCAAUUACCUUUUUGACGUGGCCCGGGGGUAUUUAUAGGAUCCAAUGAGGAACCCACGUGGCAUGCCAAGCAAGAUAAUCGGAGCCUGACAGUUUGAGAAAAUGUCUUCAGAAAGGACAGGAAGUGUAGUAGGGAGUGAGGUGGAGCCUCUAGACUAUGGGAGCAUGGACUCAGAGAGUAGUCCGUCUCCCUCUAGUUCAGAGAAAACGGUUGAAGGGGUGAGAGGGGAUGAAAUGGUGGACGUUGAGGGAGGAGAGGUGGUAGAGGUGAGGAGAAAUGAGGGUAAUGGGGUUGAGGUAGAUAGCAUACCCUUUACCGUAGUAGAAGUAGAAAGUAAUGGGGAGAGAGGUUAUGAUAGGAAUGCAGAGAUAGUGGAGGAAGUGAAGCAGUACCGAUCUGAACUAAGGACCAGGGAGGACCUGUGUCACUUAGUAGAAACGUACGAGAUCUCUUCUCGGGUACUAGUUAGGCCAGCUGGGGUAGAGGAGAGGGCAUGUUCUGCUCAUCGGGAUCAUUGGAUGCCCGUAUACUCCCAUUAUUUGUAUGCUGGGCUUAAGUUUCCAAUUCCCGAGUUGCUAAUAGGUUUACUGUUAGAUUACAACAUAGGGUUGACACAGUUGGUCCCCAACGCAAUGAGGGGGGGUAGCAGGAGAGAUAAGGGGUGGUAUUAUUUCACCCCGAGGGUAGCUAAUAAGGAGGGUAGAAUUUUAUUCACUGCGGGUCCUUCAUCCAUUAAGGGAUGGAAGGAAAAAUUCUUUUUUGUGGAUGACACGGAAUGGGGGAAAGGGGAUGCUGAGAGGGGGGAUGUACUAAAUAUUAUGGACCUCACCAGCGCAGCAUGCAUAGAGGCUGCUGAGCUCUAUGGGCCAAGCGCUUUGAGUGAAGCUGACAUGGAACAGUUUCUGAAUACUGCUGGAGGGAAGGCCAUCCCCAAGAAGCCAAGGAAGAAGUCAAGGACUUCAGCUAAGCAAGUGGAUGAGGGGAGAGCUGGGAAGGAGGUAGUGCCCUUAGCAUCAGCUGAGGUGGAGGAAGAGGUGCCAGCACUGAAGAAGAAGGGUUGGGAGGAGAGGAGGGCGCUGCAGAAGAAGCAGAAGGUGGUGGAGGAAGAGGGGAGUGGGGUGCCUGAGUUCGUACCUCAGCCACCUCCUGUGGAGCUGGACCCCGAGCUUAGACAGUUGGAGGAGGGGGCUGAGGUGGUUUAUCAACAACACCUUCCCCGAAGUGGACAAACGCCACGCGCGAGAGGAGGCUUUGAGAUACGGAGGAGCUUCUGUGGUGAAGCACGUUCUUGAGGUA